AUGAAUUCCUCCGACCCCACGGAGACGGUCGAGGUUGCCAAAGCGACGGCCAACCUGCAUGAUGUCCACCUGGAUGAGAAGAAGCCCGCCUCUAUUGAUAAGGACUUGGCGAUCACGCCGAGUAUAGAAGAGGUCCCGGCCACCACAGUCGUGGGCGCAACCGCCGGUGAUACCGAUCUCCAGAAGACCUAUCCGACCGACGAGGAAUUGAGAACCCUGCGUCGAGUGUGCGGACAAAUCCCAUGGACCGCAUACACCGUGGCGUUUGUGGAAUUGUGUGAACGAUUCUCCUACUAUGGAACGACGGCCGUUUUCGUCAACUUUAUCCAGCGCCCCAUGCCGGCAGGCUCCUCCACUGGUGCGACCUAUGAUAAUUCACGAGUACCGGGAGCGCUGGAUAUGGGCCAACAGGCCUCCACUGGUUUGACCUUGUUCAAUUCCUUUUGGUCCUACAUUAUGCCCAUGGCUGGUGCAUUCCUGGCCGAUCAAUACUGGGGUCGAUUCCGCACGAUCAUGUACUCCAUCGCGGCCGCUUUGCUCGGUCAUUUGAUCCUGGUCAUCUCCGCUAUUCCCAGCGUGAUCUCCCACCCCAAUGGCGCGAUCGCGUGUUUUUCCAUCGGUCUGAUCAUCAUGGGUAUGGGAACGGGUGGUUUCAAAUCGAAUAUUUCGCCCCUCAUCGCUGAGCAAUAUCGCGAGGAAUAUCCAUACAUUAAGACCCUUGCCUCAGGGGAGCGAGUGAUUGUGGAUCCCGCCAUUACCGUCCAGCGCAUCUACCUGUACUACUACUUGACUGUCAACAUCGGUUCCAUCACGGGCCAAGUGAGCAUGGUCUAUGCCGAGAGAUAUGUUGGGUUUUGGUUGUCAUACUUCCUGCCAACAUGCCUGUUUCUGUGGUGCCCGACGGUGUUGUUCUUCUGCCGGAACAAGUACUACCGGGUGAAACCACAAGGCUCCGUCUACGGACAGGCGUUCCGGCUCUGGAAGCUGGCGAUGAAGGGGCGGUGGUCGUUGAAUCCGGCGCGGCUGUUCAAACGCAACGACAAGCCAUUCUGGGACGCGGUCAAGCCGAGUGCUCUGGGCCCAAAUCGGCCUCAGUGGAUGACUUUCGACGACGAAUGGGUCGACGAAGUUGCUCGUGGCCUGAAGGCAUGCAAAGUGUUCCUGUGGUACCCUCUCUUCUGUAUGCUCGCCUACAACCAGAUGUUGAACAACUUGACAUCUCAAGCGGCCACUAUGCACCUUGGUGGCGUCCCCAACGAUAUCAUCAAUAACCUCAACCCUCUUUCCCUGAUCAUUUGCAUUCCGAUCUUUGAUCGGGUCAUCUACCCUGGCUUCCGCCGUCUGGGAUUCAACUUUACCCCCAUCAAGAGAAUCACGUGUGGGUUCGUCGUCGCCGGCUGCUCCAUGAUCGCGGCCACGGUCAUCCAACACUACAUUUACGUGAAAGGCCCCUGCGGCAAGGAGGCCAACUACUGUCUCGAUGAAUAUGGAAAGUACUCGCCCAUCUCCGUCUGGACCCAGGCGAUUAUCUACAUCCUCGGUGGUAUCUCGGAGAUCUUUGCCUCCAUCACCUCCCUCGAGUAUGCCUUCACCAAGGCGCCCAAGAACAUGCGGUCGAUCGUACAGGCCGUCGCGCUCUUCAUGAACGCCUUCUCCUCAGCCAUCGGCCAGGCCUUCGUCGGCUUGUCCAAGGAUCCCCUGCUGGUGUAUAACUAUAUGGUGGUGACGAUCCUGGCCUUCGUUGGUGCUAUUGGCUUCUGGUUGAGCAACUACAAGCUGGAUCGGAGGGAAGACGAGUUGAACAACCUGCCGCAGAGCAAAUAUGUCGAAUCGAGUGGCGUGAGUGUGGACGAGGAGACUGCCCGGAAGUAA